CUUGAUUACAUAUCUGUGAAUCAUCGUAAACCAGUCCAUUUAAGGAUGCAGGCUGGUCACACAUCUUUCAUUGUCUGAGCCUUGAUAUAAGGUGCAUAUAUAUAGUACAUAGUUCUGGUAUACUGAGAACAGCUUUUCUACAAUCAAGGGCUUGUUCCACACCCCUCUACUGAUACAGGAUCUCUGACACUCAGCUAAUGGAGCCAGUGCCUGAACAUUGUGUCACUUGCUCCCCUGGUCACCCAGAGAAUAUUCUUGGUGUGACCGUUACUGGGCUGAAACCUCGCAGAAUGGUGGAAGUCCACAUCAAGCGCAGCUUAAGUGUGAGAGAAGCUAAUUUGAGCGGGAAGGAGCUGAAGUGGCAAUCGCUCCCUACAAAGAUCCCAUUGAGGAGCCUGAGCCAUCGAGAAGGAGCUGGGCUGUGUGAGCUGGGGAUAGCAGGCAGGGAGAGCAAAAGGAAGCAGGCUGAACGAGACGAUGUGGGCUCACCUCCAGUCAAUAACUCUUUGAGCACUGAGGCAGGGGUGAUGAAGGAAGCCAGCAAGGAAAGGAGCAAGGAGGCAAAAAGAGGGAAGAAGUCUCAAACUUUCUUCGGGAAGAUCACCAACUUCCUGUGGAGAAGGAAAGGCGAUGAAAAGAAAGAAGAUGGAUGUAAAAAAUCCAAGGAGCUUGGUGCUCCUCAGGCAGAAGAGUCUUCUGAAGGGAAUGGGGAGCAGUUACUUGGCGAGAGCCAGGAGGCACCUGGAGACCAGCAGACCAUCCCUCACAAAACCAAGGCCAGGAAGAAAAACAGUCUCUACAGAGUUUUCUCUUUUAAGAAGUAUAAUUCUGAAGUGAAAGAGGCCCAGGGAGGCCCAGGAGCCAGCAAGAUUAGAGCAGAGCGUCCGAAACAACUGGUUCUGAGAACUGUGUGCAAGCCCAGGCUGAAUAAAACAGCUCACGACUCUGAGUCUGUGUAUGAGCAGGUGUCCGAGGAAGUGGACCGGAUAGUUCGGACUCUUGACUCCAGUGAAGGCAAAGACAAGUGUCUGAAGGAAACGCACUCAGUCGAAGAAUUAGAAACAGAUGGGCCAAAAGAAUCUGCCGACAACUCCAUUUCCAAAAUUAUUGCAAUACUCCAAAAUGUUGGUGAUCGCGUUGAUACAGAGCUCCAAGGAGAUGUGUUGCUUUCCACAUUCUUCAAUGAGAUCAGCUAUAAUUCCUUCAAAGAACUGGCAGAUCAAUACAUCCAAAGUGAAGUCAGGAGCAACGUGACGCAGGAGAACCCUGACCUGGUCAAGUUUGCUUUUACACUCGAUUUUACGGCGAAGGUGGCAGGGCUGUGUGGCCAUCAGAUCAAACAGAUUACUGGCUUUGGGAGCCAGUAUCUCCGGGAGACUUGUUGGCACCUGCCCAGUUUCAGUGUGCAGCAGGAAACAGCAAACAACACUGAGAGAGUUCCAAGUCCAGAUUGAAGACGAAGGGUGAAUCAACAAUCGGUUUUCUUGCCUGGAGAUGGUCACCGCUUUUCCUGAAACUUUCGACUGGCACAGACUGAUAAACUGGCCUCGCUGCUGAAUCAGCGCUCAGCCGUCCCGACUUAGAAGUAUAUCACUGACCCUCCGAUGUCACUGAGACAAAAUCCUGGAACUCCCUCCCUAACAGCCUUGCGGGUAUAUUUAUGCUCCAGGGUUGACAGCACUUCCAGAAGGUGUUUUGCUACCACUUUCUCUAAGGCAGUUAGGGAUGAAAAAUUAAUGCUGGGCUCACCAGUGACACUUUCAUCCCAUUAAUAGAUCCCUGUACAAAGAAGCCAUAGUUUUGGCUGAGAUUAUCAGUCUUUUACUUUUAUGAGGGGAAGGGGGGUUCACAAUUGGCUGACAAACUGUCUGUAGGAGGUCCUGCAGUUAGCCUGCUCACUUGACCUGGUUAAACCAUUGGGACCACUCAGUCACUGCAGUACUGCCUUCAGCUGAGUGAGCCACGUGAAUGGAUCCCCUGUGAUAGAUGCUGCUAGGAGCAGGUGGAUCCCAGCACCUGGUAACAGUGUCUUUACUCUGAGAAUAAACUUUGAUUUGUUUUGAAUGGGUCAUUGGUCGGUAUCUUCCAGCCAGUCCUGCCCCUAUGGGGAUCAGAGCAGAAAGGAAGUGGUGGAUGUGGGUACAAUUAUAAUGUUUAAAAGACAUUUGGAUACGUACAUGAAUAGGAAUGGGUUUGGAGGGAUAUGGGCCAGGAGCAGGCAGGUGGAACUAAGUUUCUUCUGCAUGAACUGGUUGGAGUGAAGUGCUGAAUGACGCAGUGAGUCUAUGAUAUAUGGAAACUCCAACAUUGAGUAUGUUCAGGACAGACAACAAUAGAUUUCUAAGUAAUAAUGACAUCAAAAGGAUAUGAGGAUAAUGGGAGGAAAUUGCGCUGAGGCAGAACCUGGUCUAUCUAAGUGAUAGAGCAGACCUGAGGCUGGAUGGUAAUAGAAGCAGUAGUAGGUCAAUGUUUCAUAAUUCCAGCUCAAUGCACGUUGUACUCUGAGGCUCGAUAGUUGUUUUAAAACCUUGCACUGUAUUGCUUCUGAUGAAAUGCUUGUCUGUCCACGUAGCAUCUACCAAAUAAAGUUUACAAAAUUCUAAUUUUAAAUCAAAUUAAAAUAUUGGAGAUUGAAUAAUGUCAAUCCAGUUCUAAUAUUAUCAUCCUCAGCAAGAAUAGUUUAUUUUUAACUCACUGCUAAUGUACAGAGGGCCACAUAAACACAAUAGAACAACAACAGAGGUUUAAAGACAGCAGGAACUGCAGAUGCUGGAGAAUCUGAGAUAACAAGGUGUAGAGCUGGAUGAACACAGCAUCAGAGGAGCCGGAAAGCUGACGUUUCAGGUCUGGGCCCUUCUUCAGAAAUCUGCAACAGAGAUUUACUGUAAUAAAAUGUGAGGCUGGAUGAACACA